CGCGGAACCUUCGCCUCGUGUUGUUAUACCGCAUCUUCGACUUGUACCACGCUGUGACUCUUGUACUGUCGCCGAAUCCUCAUCGUAUGAUAUCCGCAUUUUCAGUAUUGUCCGAGGACGACGGGAAAGACGCCGACAACAUAUAUCAGUGAACCGUACGCUAACCUGGAGGUCAAGUCGCACCAUCUCCCCGCGCCCUAGCACCAUGGCCACAGAACUGAGAGACGUGGAAGCUUUUGUAUUUGAUGUCCUUGGGACUGUAGUGAACGUGCAUGGGACGCUUGUCCGCGAAAUUCGGGGUUUGGCCCAGACGCAUGGUCACAACACGGAUGAAGACUGGGCUGCGUUCGCGUCGGAAUGGACUGUUGAAUAUGACAACAAAACAAAGAAUAUCGCGAAAGGUGACUGUGGACCAUCGAAUCUCGACGUGUUGAAUCAACAGAUCCUUGCAGGGAUGCUCAGUUCUCCACGAUGGAAACACCUGGAAGACCUCUUCGAAGAACGCGAGCGGAGAGAACUCGGGGCCCUCUGGCAUCGCUUGGACGGUUGGGGUGACUCGUCGCCGGGAUUAUACUCAUUGAAGAGGCACUACCUGAUUGCGACGCUCUCCAACGGCAAUGUUCGACUUCUGGCAGACAUUGCGAAACAAGCCGAUCUACCUUGGGAUAUCAUCUUCUCCGGAGAACCCUUGGGGUCAUACAAGCCAAAUCCCAAAGUAUAUCUCGGUGCAGCGCACCAUCUCGGAUUGCCCCCGAACAAAGUUGCCAUGGUCGCGUCCCAUGUGGAAGAUUUACGAGCGGCGGCAACGCAUGGGAUGAAAACGGUGUACCUGCGCAGGCACACAGAGGAUAUUGAUAUCGUCAAGUUGGACGAUGGUACGGAGGUCACACUACGAGAUACAGUCAAAGCUAAGAAGGACGGCGGUGACAUCGAUAUCGUGGUGAACUCCAUCCCGGAGCUGGCGCGCAUCGCCUACGCCUUCUGA